CAGUCUACACAGGAAGUUGGGGAUAAACGCGGCUGGAUCUUUGGAAGACAGAAAGUUAGCUGAGUAACCAGACCUUUUCGCGUUCCUUCAUGGCACAUUUUAAACUAUGUUCGUGUCGAAAGGGUAAAGUAACGAUAGAGUACAAAGUAAAUGUUUGCCUGGGUGUAUUUGGAUUGCCCUGAGAUAGUGCUGCUGGCUGGAUGCAACGUGACAGUUGACUGAGCUAUCUACCUUGUUAGCCUAGCAGUAGUUAGCUGCUGUCUCUACAGUUCUGUUGUCAAGCACAGGUCAUCAGAGUAAUACCCCCAAGCCGUACUUUUGCAGUUAUGGGAUUUUUCGAAGUAUACUCUCACCCUGCGUUGAUUCGUUACAAAACGAGCGUGUGUACAAAAGCGACACUGUUUGCCAUAGCUGUUCUGUGUCUUACCUACAUUCCCCCUCUCCUGGUUGCAUACAGAAGCCAAGGAUUCUGGCUGAAACGUAGUACCUAUGAAGAACAGCCCGUUAUCAGGUUUCAGUAUCAGAUGCUUCUGGUGGCUGCAACCAGCUCAAGAGGCGACUACGUCGCGUGGAGCACAUACCCCAAUUUGAAUAAUUUAUUAGGAAGCAACCUGCGAAUCCCCAUGGUCUCGGCAAGAGAAGAGGAUCAGAAUCAGGAUGGGAAGAUGGACCUGUUGAACCUCCAACUGGAGAUUCCUCUCUUGGCCGAGGAGCAAGUCUACAGCGUCCAGCUGCUGCUCACUUUUUCAUACCAGCUCUUUAGGAUGUCUACUGUGGUGAUGCAGAAUCUGGCGUUUGUGCAGCACUCAUCUGCUGUUCCGGGGUCUCAGCUUUUUGUGAGCGGAGACCUGCGCCUGGAGCAGCGAAGCCCCCUCCCGCACCGAGGCCUCCACACCACGUACAAUGUGUCCGUUAUAGAUGGCAGCAGUCCUUUUGCUAGCAGCUAUGAUCUGGCCAACAUCAUUGGAGAAUACCAAAAAAGAAACCUGACAACGGUGUUCUCUUGCCCGAGCCCGGUGUGGACUGUGGGGCGGGCUGCUGAAGCUCCCUUCAAGAUAAGUGCAGUGGUGCGCUACCCCGUGGAGCUCAUCAGUUACCGGCCGGGCUUCUGGGAGAUGAUCAAGUUUGCGUGGAUCCAGUACGUCAGCGUCUUGCUCAUCUUCUUAUGGGUCUUCCGUCGCAUCCAGGACUUUGUCUACGAGAACCAGGUCUUGCCCACCGUGCCUCUGCUGCCCUUUAAACAGCACAAGACUUGAGACUGUCUGCUGCACAUCAUCAAACAUAAAACGACCCAAAUGAUCAUGUGUGGAGGGAUGUCCUGUAAAUGGGACAGGAACUGACAUUGUUUCAUCAAGGAUCAAUGUGUUUAGUUUCAAUGAGCACUGGAGUUAUCACAUUUUCACUAUUUGUAUAGGUUUGUUUGUUUGAGCUGUACUUUUGAUACAUUAAAAUCGGUUUGUAUAAAUGACUGUA